AUGGACGGUCUCUCGGUCGGGAUUCGACGCUCUGCAUUCGAGAAGUUGGCGGCCUUGGCCGUCAAGUCUCCCGGCAAUGACGACGGUUCGGACCUGGCGCGCCUGGCCAAACAGACUCGACUGGCCCGUCAGCCCGAUGGAGCUCUCAAUGGAGUAUUGAAAGAGCAAGCUCCGACUUCUCGAGUUCCAAUGGGGAUUCGUGAACUCGAUGUCUUGCUCGCCCUAUGCAAGGCCGCCUCCUCCGUGAACGAUCCCGAACAUGCCAAUCGUCUGGUCUCCCAAUUGUCUCGAUACUUGCCAGAGUCCCCUACUCAGCUGUUUCGCCCAUCACCGUUCCUCCACCAGGUUAAGCCGUCACCGUGGGAGAUUCUCUCUCACAGUCUGACUACGGCACUUUUGUCCUUGGCCACCGAGUUUUCAUCAUUGCGCAAAGUGGCCCUCAACGCGGUCAGCGGAUACCUGAAGAACUGCUCCGAUGCGGUCAAUGCGGUCACCCCGUUUCAAUACUCCUCAUCCGAAGCGGGCGGACGGGGUGUUGUCCACGAAUCGAUCGCUGUCUUGUCAAUUGCGGUGUCGCUGGUUGGAUUCCUGGAGGCAUCCGCCAAGUAUACUGUUAUCUGGACUGCCGGAGAGAAGUUGCAAAUCAUCGAUCUGUUGCGAUCAAUGCUUUCUGAGUCGUUCAUGAUUGCCGUUGAAACUGCUUCGUCGACUGUUCGUAAUGCCAGCCACUCGGACGCCUCCAUCAAGGAUUGGAGAAAGUACACGAGGCGGUAUGCAGCCCAUGGGCGCCCAUUGGGUGCCAUGCUGGUUCAAGAGGGCUUCAUGCGCUUCGUCAAGUCAUGCGCCGCAUCCUUGAUCGGAUCCCAGAAUCUGUCGGAUGACCAGCUUUUGGAUGAAUACAUGGCUGGGGUUGGCAUUGCCAAGAGUUACGAUGAAGCCGACAUCGCUCUGAUCGAACGCGUUACGGACCUCAUUAGCGAGGAGAUCAACCUGCUGGAGGAUGGAUCAGAUUAUCUGCAAGUUGGGUCUCCCUCUCAGCAGCGACUGGCCUUUUCCGUGAAGGGCCAUGCUCUGGUUGGAUUCUUGAACUGCGUUGUUCUCGGUGAAGAUGCUGCUAAUAAUGAUGUCCUUUUGUCCUGGCUUGAGACUACUGUGGGUGACCCUCAACAGAUGGCGUGUGACGAGCUGGCAAUCACUGCGCUCAAGUGCACGGCAAUUCUCGCCAGAAUGUCUUCAAAUGGAGCCACGCUGGGACGACGCUGCUUGUUGAAAUAUUUGGUCCACGGUCGCGCAUCAAAGGGCUCUGUUGUUGCUGUGGCCUCUCGAUGCCUUGCCCAAAUUUUGAGUAUUCUCUCCGAGGAUUCCGUGAUUGCGACAUUGUACUCUCUGGGCAAUUCACUGAGCCCCGGCCCCAAGGGUGACCAAGCAAAUCAAGAUCAUGUCCUGGUCGAUUCCACUGGGAUUACAGGAAACCUGGUCGCUUAUGCGCAUGCAGGCAAUGCAAGCCAAGCAACACUCUCGGCUCUUGGCGAGGAAGAGACCUUGACCAACCGAAAUAUCGUCCAUGCUAUUGUGAUCAUUGCGACCAGCUGCAAUGAUGAUAAGAUCAGCGCACUCGCACAGUCGAUGCUUCUACAAAAGGUCGGCAAGAUCAAUGUCUCAGUGGACGCUUUCAUCAUCCAGGAAGCGGCUGUCCUUGCAUUGAGUAGCGGACAGCCUGAGUUCCUGCUGCUGCUGAAGUUCUACAACCGCAUUUACCUUGACGGAGUUCACAAGGGUCUUGAUAUGAUUACCGAUGCUGUUCAGUGUGCCAUGUCGUAUCUCUCUGCAACCCUAGACGGCAACUCUCCACUUCACAGACUUUACCUGACCCAUCUGCUGGAGAGUGUUGUCAACAAGGGAGAUGUCCCUGAUGUGGGUGAGUCCGAACGCCAUAGGGAGGUUGUCUUCGCCCAUGGCGACAUCACGCCCCUCUUGAAACCCCUGGCACUGCUUGUAUCUUCAAAGAAGGCAACCAUGGAGACUUGCAAUUUGACUUUGGGCUAUGAUGAGGCCAUCUGCUCGUUGUUCCGUGAUGCCUGGUUCAACAUCGCCAUUCAUGGAAUUUCGCUCAACUCCAGCAUUUAUCACAAGCAUCUCAAGGAACUGAGUCUCCUCGCGAGCCACUCCCCACCAUUGGUUGCAGAGGAGCGUAUGGAGUCUCUUGAGAGUGACGUCGAGCUCAACACGGUGCUCAGGAGGGGCACGGGACCACAGCGUGUUCUAGAGCAGAAACGCUCGCUGAUUGCGGAGCUACCCGGUCGGGAGUCUGACAUCAAGCGCUUGGAUUACCCCAGAUCGGUGUUUCUCAAUGCUGUCUUGCUGGUUGAAACUCUCCGCUCGGCAUCUGGUGACUGCACUAAGGUUCUUAAUUACUUCCGGGAUCCAGCCGUGGCUGCUCCCGAGAUGGUCAUUUGCAUGAAUGCCGUUGCAGACAAGGUUGUAACCUGCUAUCUCUCGCGCACGCUUUCUGGGGAGUUUGAUGAGUUCUCGGCGCCCUACCUUGCGAAGCAGCUGGCCAACUUCCUCACAGCUUGCUGCCAUCGCAUCGAGAGAAUUCAACACAUCGCGACGCAAUGCACCGACAAGAUCAUUCGUGAAUGCCCUUCUGCUCUCUGCGAGAAGCAUUCGCUCUUUGCUUUACUCGAGAUUUUGACCGUGAUGUGGUUAUCAUGCCUCCAAGGGGAGCUUGAUGAAUUCGAGUGGAAGCCAACACUGGUUUCUCCGAUGGGCAUUGUCAAAGUAGACUUGCCUGAUAAUUAUGCUCUGCGAAAGGCCACAUUGAACCGUUUCCUAGAGCGAGCUAGAACAUGGGUUACCACAGUCUUGAACAUCGCCCCAUUGGACAUCAAGGGAUUGCUUCAGACAUAUCUCUCUGAGUACGAUGACGAUGGUGGCUAUGGCCAUAUCUCAUUGGGUCGCUCCUUCGCUCUUGAGAUGGGUUCCCUUAUUCCCCGUAGCGACCCUCGUCUGGGUUCCAUUGAUAGCCAUGAGAGUGAAGUUAAUGUCGCUUCCGACUUUAUGGCGCUCUAUACCACACGACAGAAGUACCGCCGUCCAGAUAUCUCGUUGCUUGACAAUGCAGAUGGCCUUAACUUUGGAAUUGGCGGCCGCAAGUCCGAAUCGGACUUCUCAACCGAGUCUGCUAACGCUCUUGAAUACUCCCUGGCUCGCCUUUACGGACGUAGCAUGAAGGGAGACGAAAUUCCUCUCGGAGAAGUGAGAGAUGCUCUGCGGCAAGCUGCGCGUUUGAUCUGCAGCAGUAGCAACCCUCGACUCUCUGUUGUUCACUACUUGGUGGCUUUGCCCUUCCAGAUCUUCACCAAGGAUACAAUCAAGCUGGGCGUCUCUUUGUGGCUUGGUGUGAUCCACGAGAACCCAAGCGUCGAGCCGCGCAUCCUGGCACAUGUAGUCGAGGCAUGGGACAAGAGCAUCCAGAGACGCCAAGGCCUGUUUGACCCGACUUUCGAUUACUUGGAUCCGCUGCAGACCAAGAUCGAGUUGCUGCCUACAGACAAAGCAUCUAUGCUGAGGAAGCAACAGGAAGCGCAGGACACACUCUCGCCACACUUGCGUGUGCUUCAGUUCUUUGAGAGCCACUUCAGUGCUGUGCGCCUAGGCAAUCUCCAGGACCAGCAGUUGUUCUGUCGCCUGAUUAACAACACGCUCGUGGCGCUCACUAAAACGAAGGGUCAUCCUUUGGCGAGGGAGAUUCACUUCCGCAUCGUUCUCUUUGGCUUGCGCAUCUUGCAGCAUCUAAGCCCACGUAAUGGUGCCGCCACCUGGAAGCUCAAGGACCAGAUUUUGUCUGCUGCACUAAGCUGGUUCAAGCAUGCACCAAGAUGGUCAUUCGGUGGUAAUCGCUUGCAGAUCAAGGCCGAAGACAAGGUUUUCAGCGACGUGCUUUCCGCUCUGCGGAAUGUUGCAGACAUUGCUACCCAGGUCCAGGGAUCGUACAAGUCCUUGCAAUCUAAGCAAGAACUGACCCAGAUCCUCAUCGAGAAUGAGAGAACCCGUCUUCGAGUUUGGCUGUUCCCUCUGGAGCCUGAGCGAAAGCACCACAUUCCCGGAAUUGGCGGCUCCAAGAACUCCACAGAUGCUGUUACGGCGUAUCUCCGACUUGCGUGGGCUGAGAGCCCGGGUCUUGCCAUUCAGCUUGCUUCGCGUUUCCCAUCGAUCAAGAUGCAGACCGAGAUUCGGUGGUUGAUCCUCAAUUUCCCUGAGAAGGCUGUCCAUGAGCCGAGCGCUUUGGAAAUCAUGUUUGACUCCUCCCUGCAGCCUGAUGUCAACUUCCAGCUCAAGUAUCUGUUGUACUGGGCGCCAGUCAACCCAACAGAAGCGAUCACCUACUUCCUUCCUGCAUAUGGGAAUCAUCCAUUCAUUCUUCAGUAUGCCAUGCGGGCCCUGGAGAGCCAUUCUAUGGAUAUUCGUUUCUACUUUGUGCCACAGCUGGUCCAGGCUCUUCGAUACGAUGCUUUGGGUUAUGUUGAACGCUAUACCCUUGAAACAGCGAAGCAAUCCCAGCUGUUCGCUCAUCAAGUGAUCUGGAACAUGAAGGCCAACUCCUACAAGGACGAGGACUCGCAAGUGCCGGAUCCGAUUAAGCCAACACUGGAUCGAUUCCUCGAGGCCCUGAUCUCAAGUUUCACGAUUGAAGAGCGUGACUUUUACGAGCGAGAAUUCUCCUUCUUCAAUGAAAUCACCGGCAUAUCUGGUAAGCUCCGUCCGUAUAUCAAGCGGAGCAAGCCCGAGAAGAAGCAAAAGAUUGAAGAGGAACUGCGCAAGAUCAAGGUCGAGGUCGGCGUGUACCUGCCCAGUAAUCCCGACGGUGUGGUCGUCGGAAUCGACCGCAAGUCCGGAAAGCCUUUGCAGAGUCACGCCAAGGCACCGUACAUGGCAACCUUCCGAAUCCAAAAGACCCGGCCUCGUCUCGAAGGCAAGGGUGAUGCGGCCAAGGCUGUCGUCGUUAACGGGACUGAACAGCGCCAGCUGGGGUCUCGUCAAGGCGAGCAAGACCAGGAGACUUACGAAGUUUGGCAGUCGGCUAUCUUCAAGGUCGGCGACGACUGUCGUCAGGAUAUGCUUGCCCUGCAGAUGAUUGCAGCCUUCCGUAGCAUCUUCUCCAACGUCGGACUGGACGUCUGGGUAUUCCCAUACCGGGUGACCUCGACCGCGCCAGGCUGCGGUGUGAUCGACGUCCUGCCGAACUCAAUCUCCCGAGACAUGCUCGGCCGCGAGGCCGUCAACGGAUUAUACGAUUACUUCGUCUCCAAAUACGGCGGCGAAGACUCAAUCCGCUUCCAAGAAGCCCGCACAAACUUCGUCAAGAGUAUGGCCGCAUACUCCGUCAUCUCCUAUCUCCUCCAAUUCAAGGACCGACACAACGGCAACAUCAUGGUCGACGACGCAGGACAUAUCAUCCACAUCGAUUUCGGAUUCUGCUUCGACAUCGCCCCCGGCGGUGUCCGCUUCGAGCGCGCCCCUUUCAAGUUAACCUCCGAAAUGGUCGCAGUCAUGAGCGGCACCCACAACCCCGCGCACCAUCCUAGCGGGACGUCCGGAAUUAGCCUUCCAGGCAGCAACUCGCAUAACCCGACGACCACACAGCCGUACCGGUGGUUCGAGUCGCUUGUGGUCAAGGCGUUCCUUGCUUCGCGGCCGUACUGCACGAAGCUGGCGCAUAUUGUCUCGCUGAUGCUGGAUAGUGGACUUCCGUGCUUCAAACCUGAGACACUGAAGAACUUCCGGGAUCGAUUUGUGUUGGAGAAGAGCGAGCGCGAUGCUGCGGAGUACAUGCGUGAAUUGGUGCGCAAGUCGUACAUGAGCGUGUCGACUAAGGGAUAUGAUCAGUUCCAGCUUAUGACAAACGGUAUCCCAUACUAA